UCUCCACCAGCUUCAUAGGCCUCAUAGAAGACCGACAACAAACGCUUAGGACGCAGGCUAAAGGGGGGGUUGGCUAAGACUCUUGUAAUUUCUCGAAAUAUAAGAAUCACCUGGAUCUUCUGGAUCCUGAAAUCACUUCUUUACUAUCAUCAAGUCAAUAAGCUCCUCCUUACUAGCUUUGAGUCAACGAACCCUAUAGUGCCAAUUUUAUCUCAAAAUGCCCUCCACUACCACUGUCGCUGGUGCUAUCGCAUGCGUUAUUACAGUAUGUAAUGCUGUCACCAUCAGGUUCUGGAACCGAGAUGGUUGUACCGGAAAGAAUGUGGGAUGUGAAAACUGGAGAUACGGCGACUGUUGCACUGGUGGUAGCCCUUGGUGUUUGAGCGCUAACUGUGAGGGCUGUCUUGUCGGAAAUGACAUUUACUCCUUCAACACGGCCGGUUGCAGUAGGGCGCCCUUCGGGGUCUGCAGAGCGGCACGUGGUAAUGGUUGUUGCCUCGGGACUGGCGGUGGAAACAACUGUGCCAUGUCCGUCUAUGUAGGCAACAGUCGAAAGAGAGAUAGCAAUCAGGGAGCAUGCGAGUUUCUUGUACGCCCAAAUCACAUGGAAUACACCGACCACAACGGAACGGCACAUUCUAUCUAUAUCCCAACUGGCAUCUUUGAUAUCGCGUCUCAGCACGCUGCCAAUGAGGAUUGGGACGCACUGAACAGAUAUCCUGCUUGGGCCAACCAGUCGUACACUGACGCCGAUCGCAUUCCCAACCCCGACUACGUUCCCAGCCCCAAGCUGUGAUUGCACACACCGUACCGCGAUCACAUAAUCGACGCACCCUUGGUAUUAUGGGCUUAGGAUCAUUGAAUAUAUACUGUAGAACCGUGUCUCUUUAAAAAAUAGCUAGCAGGAAUACUUAGUGGCAAGGUC